GACUCCAUCAACAGCCGUAUCCAGCUGGUCAUGAAGAGCGGCAAGUACAGCCUCGGCUACAAGACCACGCUGAAGACCCUCCGGCAGGGCAAGGCAAAGCUCAUUCUGAUCAGCAGCAACUGCCCAGCCCUGCGCAAGAGCGAGAUCGAGUAUUACGCCAUGCUGGCCAAGACUGGCGUGCACCAUUUCCACGGCGACAACAACGAGCUCGGCACCGCGUGCGGAAGGUACUACCGCGUCAGCUGCCUGUCCAUCACCGAUCCGGGCUCGCGGUCGUCCGGGCCUACCACGUGCACUGUCUGGUGGACUUGUGGGUGUUGA